CUGCCAGGUAGGUACAUCCUACACCUUCUUCUUCCAUCAGAACCAAACGCAAGAGAAGAAAAUCAAAUCUCUUCAAAAUCCCCGCUCAAGCUUCGUAAUCGCAAGCAACAUUUUUUUCAUCUUUCUUCACUAAUCAAUUCCAUAUUCAAUUGGAUUUUUUUUUUUUCGAAUGUCCUCUCCACGUUGUACAAAACUUAAGCUUGAAGCUCAAAAUCAUCUAUCCAACUAUGAUUCAAAAAGGUCCCCACUAAAUCACCAUUCCCCAACAAACAAGGUAAGUAAGCAAGGUAAGCAAGGUACCUAA